AUGAACGAGUUCGCCGAGGCCAUCCUAGAGAAGAAUUUCAUCCAGAAGAUGAAUUCCAGCGACUAUAAAGCUAAGCAUUCCAAAGAAUUGCAAUGGCUAAAUUUUGUCUUCGGUCAUAAAGUUAACUAUUCAAUCAUUCGCUCGAUUUGCAUGAUGUUAGCAGAAGCCAUAGGUCUACAUUUCGGACGAGAAUGCUACAGACGUAAAUCUACAUGUUUCUUCUGGUUACACCUUUAUUUUAAGGAGAUACAGGAUUAUCUGUCAUAUCAUUCAAUUUCAAUGGAAUUUACAGAUGGCUCCAGGAUAUGUAUACGCCCUUUUUCAGAACUUUCACCUGAACUUAAUUCCCCACAUGUUCCGUUCAAUGAUCUUGAUCAUAUGUAA